AUGGCGACUCCAGUUCACGCAGAUAGCCCGCAGGGCAAUGGCAUCUCUUCGGCUGCGUUCGCGCAGCAGCAUAUACGCGAUUCCAGUAGAUUUGUUGGUUGCUCGAAAAUCAACGAUUAUGAGAUGUUGGGGAAGCUUGGAGAAGGCACAUUCGGAGAAGUCCAUAAGGCAAGGUCAAAGAAGACAGGCGCCAUCUUCGCGCUGAAGAAGAUCCUGAUGCACAACGAGAAGGACGGAUUUCCAAUCACCGCUCUGCGAGAAAUCAAGCUUCUGAAGCUUCUGUCGCAUCCCAACAUACUCAAGCUGGAGGAAAUGGCUGUGGAGCAGCAUCACAAGACCGUGGAUAAGAGGAAGCGAGCUAUCAUGUAUAUGGUCACCCCGUACAUGUCUCACGAUCUUUCAGGCCUGCUGGAAAACCCUCAAGUCAAGCUUCAGGAAUCGCAUAUAAAGUGUUACAUGCUGCAGCUGCUGGAGGGGGUCCGAUAUCUGCACAAUGAGAAGAUCCUUCACAGAGAUAUGAAGGCUGCGAAUCUUCUGAUCGACAACAAAGGAAUCCUUCAAAUUGCAGAUUUCGGUCUCGCGCGGCAUUAUGAUGAAGAAGUACCGGUUGCUGGAAAAGGUGGAGGUACAGCCCAUCGAGAUUAUACGACACUUGUUGUAACUCGGUGGUAUCGACCCCCCGAGCUACUGUUACAUCUGAGAAGGUACACGACUGCGAUCGACCUAUGGGGAGUGGGCUGUGUAUUUGGAGAAAUGCUCGUUGGAAAGCCCAUCCUUUCAGGAGACAGUGACCCCAAUCAGCUCAAAAUCAUAUUCGACUUAAUGGGCACUCCAACAGAAGAUAACAUGCCGGAGUUCAGAUCAUUACCGGGUGCUGAAGGCCUAAACAUUCAACCACAUCCCCCCACCUUGGCAAAGCGCUUUGCACCCUUUGGUCCUGGGGCAAUUUCUCUGCUGAAUGAACUGUUGAAGCUCGAUUGGAAGAAGAGAACCAAUGCCAUCGAUGCGCUAAAGCAUCCUUACUUCACUACUGCACCGCUUCCUGCCAGACCUGGAGAUCUACCGACAUUCGAAGACUCUCAUGAGUUGGAUAGGAGGAAGUUCCGUAGUCAAAAAGCUGCUCCUCCGCCAGCACCUAAAGGCGGAACGGUUGGAAUGGGACCUGCUGGUGGCUGGGGAGGGGAGGGAGGAAACGGGUCAUAUGGAAAUGGAGAUGCUCACAACGGCCAUCGACACCACAAUGGCAGUCGACACCCUCCGCCGCCUCACGGUGGAUAUCGCAACGGUGUGCCUCCACCACCUCCACAAGAAGAGCGCAGGCCCGCUUGGGCAAGACCUCGAGAUGAUCAUCGGCCAGAUACUAGACUCCCUCCAAGACCCCCACCUCCAGCGGAAUACAGCAGGUAUGAUCCGCCGAGAGACGGGGGAAGAGACGGUGGCAGAGAUGGCGAUCGACGAGACGGUUAUCGAUCAGCAUCUCGUGACCUGGAUAGACCGCCGAGAACUAGAGGCGGACCUUCGAAUAUCGAUACCUAUAUACCGAGUUACGGCCCUGACAGCGGUCGACCUCCGAGGGAAAGAGAUGAUCGACUACCACGAGAUGACCGGGUGAGAAGACACGUUGAAGAUCGUCGGCAUGACAGGGAACGAGAUGGUGGAAGACUUGACUAUGACGAACGAAGUCGCAGCGGACGAACACGUAGCCGGAGUCGCAGUCCAAUCCGAGACCGAGAUAGAGAUCGUGGGCCUCGAGAUCGCGAGCCGCUAGACAGAGACCGAGAACGGGAUCGAGAGCGUGAUGUCUAUCGCAGAUAG